GUGUAUUCCCUGUACAAUUUUAUUCAAUUUUCCAGACUGUUAUGGAAUUAAACUAAUACAUCAGCCACACAUUCACCACGCAAUUCUCCUGGUCCAGAAAUAUCCCUAUAAAAGGACUCUCCACUGUGGCUCCUUCAGUCAGUGAUUUCUUUCGUUUUGUUGUCGAAGCACCAGUGAAUAAUUUGUAUGAAAGUGUUGUGACCGCCACAAUGUUGAUACUCUGGUCAAUUAUACUUAUUUUGCCCCUCUUCAACUUCAUUCAAUCCUCAUCAACUACCCAGAUUGUGACAGAGAAGCCAAAUGAGAAAGAUGUUGAGAAGAAGGUGAUGAAUAAUGAGCCGCAAGAUCAUGAGAAGAAAUUUUCCCUGGGCGAUACAAGAUUCAGGAGAAGUUCUCCGUCUCAAGACUUCCUGGAUCUCCUGCUGAGGAAUGAUCCUGACUGUCAACAGACAAAUAGCAAAUUCGCCAUCAAAUGCCGACAAGUUAAGUUGUCCAGCAAAUAUCCAUCGCUAUCGCCAAAACGUAUGUCCGGCAUGAGAAUGUGGAAGAGUGUAAAUCUGUCGGGAUUGCGUGAGGGUGCACUGUUUGCUGAGGAGCCAAAUUAUUUAUUGGUUCGCCGUGAGACAGCGGACGUUCCAGAUUUCGACUCUCUGAGAGAUCCAUUCAUCCCACCAAGAGGCAGAAAGAAGAGUAAUUACAAUACGAUGCUAAAGAGGAAUUCACUGGAGAGCAGUAUCUUCGACAACACAGACUUAUUUAUGCCUCAACGUGGGAAAAAGAGUGGGCACAGUAAGAUGGCGAAUUUCGAUGAUAUCAUCCCGACCGAUGAGCUGUUUUUUCCAAAUCGCGGCAAAAAGACGAUUCAACAGGCGCUGUGGGAGAAACGGGGCUUUCCCUUGGACUUGCAAGAUGAGCCCCUGUUCUACCCGAAUCGCGGCAAGAAGUCCGUCAAGCGCGAGGCGCCCCUCGAUCCGGACUCCAAGUCGAAGAUCAAGAAGGAGUCCGCAAGUCUGGCCAAUGAUUUGCUAUCGCAGGAUCUCUUUUAUCCAAAUCGCGGCAAGAAAAGGGUCCUCGAAGUGCUCAUGGACACUCCUGAUCGUCGAGAGAUGUUGAAUAAUUUUUCUGAGAAUCACGACACUUUCUAUUCCGAUCGUGGGCGACAGAGAUUUCCAGCAGACACACUCAUGACUGGAGACUUCAGCCGUGCCAGCGAGCUUAUGCCUAUAAGUGGAUUUUCCAACAGUCUCACCAAUACUGGCUACACUGAAAACGAGGGCGACUUCUUAGACUACUACAACACUAUGCUUGACGAUAAUCAAUAAAGAUGUACAGCAUGCUUUUGAUUUUCAUCUCAAUUAUUUAUGUACAAAUGAAGCAUUAAACAAGGCAAUUGAAACAAUUAA